UACACUGAAGCGAUGGAUCCUCACCGUCCGUUCGAGCUCAUCACCGACGCUAGCGACCUGGCUGUUGGCGCAGUACUGUUACAAUACUUCGGCGAAGGCCUUCAACCCAUCGCCUACGAGUCACGAAAGUUGAAUCCGCCCGAGCAAAAUCAUCAUGUCCACGACAAAGAGUUACUCGCCAUCGUUCACGCUUUCAAGGUCUGGCGCUGCUACCUGACGGGCGGUGACAUGACAAUCCGAACAAACCACAAAUCGCUAAAGUUCAUCCGUGCCCAACCGACACUAAAUCCCCGACCGAUUCGUUGGCUCGAUUACCUCGAGUCAAACUUCCACUACAGAGUCACCUACAAACGGGGGGUUAGCAACAUCGCCGACGCACUGACCCGCCCUUCAGUCCACACCGCCGCAAUUUGGGUUCCCGCCUACCGUACCCUAUGCGAGCAAAUGAUACAGGAGGCACACGACUCGAAUUUCUCGGGUCACUACGGCAUCGAUAAAACUGCCAAAUCACUAUGCCGUAAUUAUUACUGGCCCGACUUGCCAACAGACGUGCAGCAGUACGUCACCUCCUGCGCCACGUGUCAACGCAUGAAAUCUUCAUGGCUUCGACCUGCGGGAUUGCUGCACCCGCUCGAGCCACCCAGCCGACCCUGGCAACAAGUGACGAUGGAUUUCGUCACUGGCCUGCCAGCGGGUUCAAGCGGUAACGACGCGAUUCUCGUCGUCGUUGACCGGUUGACCAAGAUGGCCCACUUCGCCGCCUGCAAGACGAAAAUUACUGCCGAGCAGACAACGAAACUGUUCCUCACGAACAUUGUGCGGCUACACGGCAUUCCUUCCGCAAUCAGCAGCGAUCGUGACCCACGGUUCACGUCCAACUUCUUGACAAAAACCUGGCAGCAGUACGGCACGCGUCUGCAUCUGUCCACGGCGUACCACCCACAAUCGGACGGCCAGACUGAGCGCACCAAUCAGACGAUGGAGCAGCUGAUUCGCACAACAUGCACAGACCCGGCCCAAUGGGAAGACUCCCUUCCCUUGAUUGAGUUUGCGUACAACAACGCCCCAUCAGCCACGGCUACUCAGUCCCUGUCGCCAGCACACGACACGACGCGAGUCCCCCAAGUCCAUUCAGCCUUCUCACUCGCCCCGCUCGCUGCUCUCGAGUGUUCACUCUCCCACACUCCGCCGCCACCUCCUUUCGUCUUCCUACCAGCAGCCAUGGGUUUCGAGGGCGAGGCUCGCGUAGUCGUCGAGAAGGAGACCAUAGCCGAUCCCGCUCCUCUGGGGCUUGCGGCUUUCGCGCUCACCACCUACGUGCUCUGCGCACACAAUGCAGGGUGGGCGCCCGACGUGAUCUGGGUGGGGCUGGCGUUCUUCUAUGGCGGGCUGGCGCAGCUGCUGGCGGGCAUGUGGGAGUUCAAGAAGAACAACACGUUCGGCGCCACGGCCUUCUCGACGUACGGCGCCUUCUGGAUGGGCCUCGGCUUCUUCGUGCUGCUCAAGAUCCUCGGCUAUGUGAAGCUUGAGCCUUCGGACAUCUCGGAGGCGCUGGGGUGGUUCCUGUCGGGCUUCUUCAUCUUCAACAGCUACAUGACCAUCUGCGCGCUCAUGGCGUCGCAGGCCGUGCUGCUCGUCUUCGUCCUGCUCGAGCUCACGCUGCUCUGCCUCUUCAUCGGCAACUUCAAGGGCCAGAAGGCGGGCGACAGCGGCUCCUGGGUCACCGCGGGCGGCUACCUCGGCAUCCUCACCGCCGCCGCAGCGUGGUACGCGUCGGGCGCGGGUUGCUUCAACGCCAUGGCGCGUCGCAACGUGCUGUACACGGGCAAGCCGCUGCUCUCCUUCCGCAGCCCCGCCACCCGCGACGACGCCAACGCCGCCGAGCCCUAGGCGCCGCGUCCACCCGUGUUGAACACCCACUCGGGGUGCCGCCACUUGAUUUGCUGCUCCUUGGUCAAUCGCUUGCCGUGCGUUGAUGGGGCUUCAGCUGCUGCUGGCUGCUGUGGUGACUAGCGCUUGCGAUGAGGUCGCUCGUGGGUAGGGGAAUAAGGCAGCAGGCGCCGACGGAAGGCCCGCAGGUCGAAUCAAGGCCCUGCUUUGGCGAUCAGCGGAUUGCUGACGAAGGAAGUUUCGGGAGGGAGUGUGUGCUUCUGCUUGCUGCUGCCUUAAAUGCCCUCUGUAAAUUCUGGUUUGUGAAAUUAUUGUUUUUGUGUGCUCAGUUAAAAUUAUUGUUUC